GAUUGCAUGAAGAUGAAAAAACAGAGUCUUACUCGUGGAUUAAGCUUUCGUCGAAAGUCAGAUUCUGCCACAGCCAAAGUUUUGCCAGUUAGUGAUGGCCAUAAGGAGCAAAAUUUUAGUGCAGAUAAGAAGGAAAAGGCUAAUGGAGAUAAAAUCAAGACAGUUUCAAAGAUGAAAGAACUAAUAAGAUGGGCUGCUGCUGCUAAAUCACAAAAGGGAGGAAAAUACUUUGGUCAAAAGGUUCUGCACUUACGCGAUAGGUCGGACUUAAAGGCAGUACCAGAUGAUGAUGAUCAACUGAGCUAUGACUCUCCAAAGAUCAGCUUCAGAUGGGAUGUUGAUCAAAAUUACUCUGCAAUUUCAGUGACAAAAAAUCACCAAUCUAUAAAAAAUUCCCCUUUAAACACUAUGGUCCAUAUAGAUCAGUGCCUUGCAGCAACUAGAAAAGGGAAUUGGGUCACCACAGAUUCUGAAUUUGUGGUACUAGAGCUAGAGCUAUGAAGAAGAUUGGUGGUCUCUGUGCCACGUGGAUUAUAGUAAUUUGUUCAUCAACUUUGCUACUUUGAUGUAACGUUGUUUGUUUAACGCACAUGACAUUCACCUUAUAUGUCAAUUUUAUAUUCUAA